AUGGCAAAAGACGAGAGCAAGCUUACGUUUGAAAAGGACGAAAAAGUGCUGUGCUAUCACGGCCCUUUCAUAUACGAAGCCAAGAUAUUAAAAAGAGAGAAGAAGGAAGAAGAGGGCGAAGAGCCACAAGAAUCAUACCAGUACUUUGUUCAUUACAAGGGCUGGAAGCAGACAUGGGAUGAAUGGAUCACAGAAGACCGUGUCCUCAAGUAUACAGAGGCCAACUUGCAGAAGCAAAAGCAACUCAAAGAGUUGAACUCCAAAAGAAAACCAUCACGACCUGCCAGUACAUCAGCACUACACGAUUCAUCAGAAUCUAGAAGCAGAAAGAGAAACCGUGAUUCGAGUAUAGACAAGGCAAGAAUGGAGGAAGAAACGAAGAAGCCAGAUUUCAAAUUAGCAAUACCAGAUGCACUCAAAGGAUUAUUGGUAGAUGAUUGGGAGCAUGUUACAAAGAACAGACAGAUCCACGAACUACCAAGGGAGGUGACAGUAGACAACAUCUUGAGCGAUUUCAAGCAAUCCAGAUCAGACAAAGGAGAGGUUUUAGAUGAAUAUAUCCAAGGCAUUCAGCUUUAUUUCAACAAGACAUUACAUACACAACUACUAUACAGAACCGAACAUGAGCAGUACGACGAAAUAUUCGGUGAACAGCCAGGAAAGCAGCCUAGCAGUAUUUACGGAGCAGAGCAUUUGCUGCGUCUAUUUGUUGAAAUGCCUAGCCUAGUGGUAGAGACCAACAUGGAUGCAGAUACAUUGCUGGAAGUGAGAGAAAAGCUGGAGGCUACAUUGAGAUUUAUUCAGGAUCAUGAACGAGAUUACUUUAUCAACGACUAUCAAAAUUCACAUGCAAAGUAA